AUGGAUACAACCAGAGAAAAGGAAAACGGGUUCCUUCUCGCAGACUGUUUGAACCUAUCUUCCUGUAACAAUUCUCCAGUUAAACGUAUUCAACUCAAUAAGAAUAAGUUUACUCAUUUUGAUAAAACUUCCUCUUCAACAGGUUCAAUCAUUGUCCCUGAUGAAGAGUAUGGUAAACAAUCUUCAAAUACUUUGGAAUAUCAAGCAAAUUUGAAAAAUAAAGCUGUCAAAGUAAGAAACAAACAACAAAUGGAUAGAAUAAAUGAAGUUUUGUGCCAAUUACAAGCAUUAUCGUUACCGAAAUUCGACUCGUCAUUGAACUAUCAACUGCAGUUUAGACAAUCAUUAAGGGUUGAUGGGAAUAAAAUUGCAAAUUAUUUUUCACUACUUGAAUUAAUAAGUGACUUAAUCGACCAAAUUAAUCGAAUGGAACGAAAUUUAGAUCUUUAUGAGGUUAAGAAAAAAAUCCUAUUGAAAGAUAUCACCCUGUUGAUAAAUGAAGAUGAGUACCUACAAAAUUCGAAAGUAAAUUCUGAAUCUAACUCUAAAAUUCACCAACCUUCUGGAGACCAGUUAGAAAAUCUUUUUGAUUAUUUAACAGUGAAAGAGAAGUUGGAUAAACUCUCAAAUACAAGUGAUACCGAUGAGGAUUUUUCGGCUACAGAUUAUGACUUCCGUUGA